AUGAGGAGGGGGAGGAGGAGGUGGUGGAGUGGGGGGGUCGGUCUGUAUGCGGGAGCCCUGUUGGUUCACCUUGGCUGGCUCCUGGCUAGUGAACACCUGCAGGGGGCGCAUGGCGGGCAGCGAGGCGAAGACUGCGAGGGGAUGGAGUAUGACGAGGCCAUGGCGCGAGGCGUUCGCUUCACUAAGAACGGGGACUAUGUCAGGGCCAAGACCUGUCUCAAGGUGGCAUACUCGAGGAACCCGAGGAACGCUGCGACGGCGUUCUACCUAGGGGAAGCGUAUUUGAAUACCAACGAGGCGGACAGAGCAGAGAAGGUGCUGGAGAAGGCGGUGAAGGCGGAGAGAAGCAACUUGAUGGGACAGCUGCUGUUGGCGUCGUGCAAGCAGAGGCUGGGGAAGAAGGUGGAAGCGCUGGCUGCCUACGAGGCUGGGCUGCUGCUGGACAAGCACAACAUAGCGGCGCUGGUGAAUGGGGGGAUCGUUCUCAAGGACCUGGGCAGGAGGGAGGAGGCAGUGGCGAAGCUGAACGCUGCGAUCAGAGUCAAGCCAGAUGUACCAGAGGCGCACUACAACCUUGCGGACGUUCUCUACAGCAUGGGGGACGUGGCUGGGGCGAGGAAGGCAGUGAAGGAGGCGAGGAGGUCGGGAAAGCUGCUGACGCAGGCGUACACCCUUGAAAUCCUGAUGCUGGAAGAGCAGGGGAACAACGAGGAGGCGCUGAGGGUCUGCCGAGAAGCGGUGAAGAGGACGGGGGACCGGUUCUCCUUCCUAUACCAGCAGGGGAGGGUCCUCAGGACGCUCGGGCGGUUUUUGGAGGCGGAGGAGAGCUUCAGGAAGUGCGUGGAAGAGGAGGAGACGAGGAAGAACGUGGCAGCACACAGGGUCGCGUACGCGCACAACGAGUACGGGCACCUGCUGUCGCAGCUGGGGAGGAAGGAAGAAGCGCUGAAGCAGUGGGAGCGGUCGGUUGAGGUGGAUCCCUCCUUCGCUCAGGGAUGGGUGAACAUGGUGAGCGGGGACUUGAGCAAGACAAAUAUGCAGGAGACUAUCAGCAUGUACAAGAAAGCUCUGGAACUGAAACCGGAUCUCGUGGAGGCCUGGAUCAACCUCGGUCAGACCUACUACAACAACUUCCGCUCGGACCCUCGCUUCAUGCCGCAGGCCCUUGCUUCCUAUCGUAGAGCACUUGAGGUUGCCCCAGACUCGUCCUCCGCCCUGUACAGCUACGUGAGGACUUGUGUUGACCUCUGCAGGUGGGAGGACUGGGACGAGAAUUUCGACAAGGUGGCUCAGAGGAUGAAACGAGACAUGCGAGAAGGAACGCUCCUCUCCUCCUCCAUCUCCCUCGUCUACCUCCUCGUCUACCCCAUCCCCGACCACGUCCUCUGCUCUGCGUACGCUGCAAGGGCGGCUCAGGUGCAGCUCACAGCAGAGGGGAUCCUGCGAGCGGUCGGGCGGGAGGGGGGGAGGGAGAAAGGGAAGGGGCAGAGACAGGAGGACGCAGUCAGGAAGCGGAGGAUAACGGUAGGAUACGUUAGCGCCGACUUCCGUCAGCAUCCUGUCUCGUUGCUGUUUCAGAACGUUCCCGGGCUUCACGACUCAGCGAGGUUCCGCGUGGUUUGUUUCUCCCUGCUCGAGGAGGAGGAGGAGGAUGCGAUCAAGCACAAGAUCCGAUCGACAUCUGACAGCUUCAUCGACAUCUCAAACCUCCCGCACGAACUUGCAUUCCGCAGGAUAGAGGAGGAGGAUGUUUCCGUCCUCGUGGACAUGAAUGGGUACACUCAACAUGGGAGACCGGAGCUGUUUGCCUUGUUUCCAGACAAGCUGAGAAUAUCCUUUCUUGGCUUCGCAUCUUCAUUGAUGGGGACGGCUAUUCAGUACAUCACCACAGACAAGAUUUCAAGUCAGAUUUGGAUCCUCAAGCUCAAUGAAGGAACUUCUGCAGAGCCGCAGCUGAAGGCAGAGGCCAGGAGGCAGGGGAUCGACGAAGGGAGACUCUUCUUCACGGGUUCCGCCGAUCUCAAGGAUCACGUGGCGUACAAGAGUGCAGCUGACCUCCUGCUGGACACGGACCUCUACAACGCUCACUCCACGGCUGCUGACGCGCUCUUUGCGGGGGUACCCCUCAUCACCCUGCCAGGGACAAGGAUGUCAAGCAGGAUAGGAGCAAGCAUUGCCAACGGGCUGGGGCAUGCCAGUGUCAUGGUAGCGAGAGACCUCAAGGAUUACGAGGAGAUUGCAGUGCGUCUAGCAAGAUCAGAGUAUCUCAUGACGCGACUGAAGCGGAAGGUGGCGGAAGAUCGGGUAGGAAGCGCUCUGUACGAUGCGGCAAGGUGGGUCAACGCGUGGGAGACGACCCUACUGAUGAUAGAGGACAUGAAGGAGAGCGUGGGGUCAACGUACCACCUUGUCGUACAGUAG